UUUGCUUUCUUUUCUUCGUCCGAUAAAAACUUACUUGUUUCGCAAGAAUCCAGCUUUACACAACAUUUUCCGUAAUUUCUCAGGCAUAUAGUUAACCGGAACUAGUCACCUCGGCCGGUCUAUUGUAAGCCGUUUCGCGAACGCAUGAAAUAAAAUCCCCUCUGCAGCGACAUGAUCCGCGCAGUGUCACAAUCGAUUCGGCAACCACUUCUACGUUGGAGUGCCAGUACUGGCGUAACCGGCCACUAUGCCGCGCACUUACUGCAGCCUCAAUCCUACAAUGAAAGACUGUCCGAGAUUCAGGUCCGAUACAAAUCGACACCCAUUAACACCAUUAUCAUGUUCGUCCCGCAGCAAGAGGCUUGGGUUGUCGAACGAAUGGGUAAAUUUCACCGGAUUUUAGAACCCGGUUUGAACGUGUUGCUGCCUAUAGUAGAUCGGGUGAAGUACGUUCAAAGUCUGAAGGAAAUUGCUAUCGAUGUUCCGAAGCAAUCUGCCAUUACCUCGGACAAUGUCACGCUUAGCAUCGAUGGUGUGCUGUACCUGCGGAUCCUCAAUCCUUAUUUGGCGUCAUAUGGCGUUGAGGAUCCUGAAUUUGCCAUCACCCAGCUAGCACAGACUACCAUGCGAUCUGAGCUGGGUAAGAUGUCUAUGGAUAAGAUCUUCCGGGAACGUGAAUCGCUCAACAUAAGCAUCGUCGAUUCUAUCAACAAAGCUUCGGAGGCUUGGGGAAUCUCAUGCCUUCGAUACGAAAUUCGUGACAUUAAACUGCCAAGUCGUGUCCAUGAAGCCAUGCAGAUGCAAGUAGAAGCCGAGCGUAGAAAACGAGCUGCCAUUCUGGAAUCUGAAGGUGUCCGGGCCGCGGAAAUCAACGUAGCAGAAGGUAAACGACAGUCUCGGAUCCUUGCCUCCGAAGCCCAGAAGCAAGAGGAAAUCAAUCGCGCUAAUGGUGAAGCUGCUGCUCUCAUUGCGGUGGCUGAUGCCCGCGCCCAGGGACUGAAAGUCGUUGCUGAAUCGUUACUUUCCAAACACGGACGGGAUGCUGCUUCGUUGGCCGUGGCGGAAAAAUACGUGAAUGCUUUUCAAAAUCUGGCCAAGGAAAACAAUACUCUGAUCGUUCCUUCUAAUGCCGCGGACAUUUCAUCCAUGGUAGGACAAGCCCUGCAAAUCUACAACAGUCUUUCAAGACCGUCGAAACAAAUACAACCGAUAGAAGGCAUGGAAAGUACAACCUAUGAAACUGUGUCGAAAAGGAAUGAUGGCAAGCCUUCAGAGUAGUCUCCGCGAGCGACAGGUUACUUGGGUGAAAAGUAAUGCUUUAGAAAUAUGUUUGGAGUAAAUGACGAAUAAUUGCCUUUCACAAAACUAAGAAUCUACAAUUAUGCGUGAGUAGGCUUCAGGUAAUGACGAAAGAAAAUAAUGCAGGAGUAUUUGAGUA